AUGUCCACCCCCACCCGCCCCCUGGGCCGCAACGGCCCCCUCAUUCCCCGUAUCGGCCUCGGCGCCAUGAGCCUCGGCGGUGCCUACGGGCAACAAAACACGCUCGACGAAAAACUCUCCUUCCUCAGCCACGCGCACUCCAUCGGACAACGCUUCUGGGACACCGCAGACGUGUACUUCUCCAGCGAAGCCGUGAUCGGGGAAUGGUUCAAGCGAACGGGUAAACGGGAGGACAUCUUCCUCGCGACGAAAUUUGGCCUCGCGUAUCCGGAUAUGAGGCAGGAGAUUCGCUCGGAUCCGGAGUACGUAAGGGUAGCGUGUGAGAGGAGUUUGAGUGUGUUGGGGGUCGAGACGAUCGAUUUGUUGUAUUGUCAUCGGCUGGAUGGGGUUACGCCUGUUGAGAAGACGGUGGAGGUUAUGGUGGAGUUGAAACGGGAAGGAAAAAUCCGCUACCUAGGUCUAUCGGAAGUAUCCGCGCGAACGUUACGACGCGCGCACGCCAUCCAUCCCAUCACCGCCGUGCAGGUCGAAUAUAGUCCGUUUUGCUUGGAUAUUGAAUCCCCGCAGUGGGAUUUACUGCGCACGUGUCGUGAACUCGGGGUUGCGGUUGUGGCGUAUAGUCCCAUGGGUCGGGGGUUAUUGACGGGUCAGUUCCAGUCUGGGGAUGAGCUGGGGGAACGUGAUUUCCGACGCAUGAUUCCGCGGUAUUCGGAGGGGAUGGAGCGGAUUCUGGGCCUCGUGGAGAGGUUCAAGGCUAUUGGGGAGGUGCAUGGGUGUACCCCGUCACAGGUGGCGUUGGCGUGGUUGUUGGCGCAGGGACCGGAUGUUUUUCCUAUUCCUGGGACCAGGACGGUCAAGUUUUUGGAGGAGAAUGCAGCGGCGGUGGAGGUGGUGUUGAGUGAGAGUGAGGUGAGAGAGAUUAGGGAGUUGGUGGAGAAGGCGGGGUUUGAGGGGGAGAGGUAUCCUGAUGGCAUGCCGAUAUUUCUGGAUACGCCGGAGUUGUAA